UACUUUUGACUAUGGGAUGAAGGGAAAGGACCCGAUCGAUAGUAUGGACUUCUACAGCAAGAAAGACCCUACCCAAGCAUUCAAAAUCAAGAGAGAAGAGGUGUCGAGGUUUCUCCCAGAGCACUUCUCUGAGACGCUCAUCAGGGUUUACAGCAGGAAGAUUGAACCUGAAAGUCUGGAAGCUGCCAGGGGGCACUUGACACAGUGGAUCAGAGGGAGGAAUGAACAACUUCCAGAGGAGAGACACUGUCUCCUCACACAAUUUGGAUGAAUCUGAAGUUUUGGAAAAUGGAAGUUAAACCUGAAAAAAAUCAGAAAACACU